CGCGCAGGGUGGUCCGGCAAGGCUACGAGGCGCGCGGCGAGGAGGGGAAGGCCAGUCACUGCACUCAACAGAACGCUGAACGUUUCAGGUACUGUGACUCCUUGCGAGAGAAAUGGGUUUUGCCGCUGUUGUUGCGUUCCUGACCCUUCUGGCACAGGUACACUGCCAGAUUGCGUAUGACACGCACGCUCCUUACUACCCGCAGCCGAUCCAUCCUGUCACAGAGACGGUAACAGUGACGGUGACCCAAACAAUUCGCAUCCCCGUGACGUCCGACGUAUGGGUGAGCACAGCGAUUCCAUACACUGUGAGGGUGACUAGUCUCGCCACUGACUACACCUACAUCCCCGACGACGCAGAGACCGUCACUGCUGUCGUUGCCGUCACAAACACCCCUAUCUCCAUAGUGCGCGAGACAAGCUGCAUCAACCCAGUGCGGACGGCGGUGUCUGUCUUCACUUCCUUCUUGACAGAGACGGAAAGGAAGGAUUUGUACCACACCGUUACUCACGUCGAUGUUCAUAAUGAGAUCAACACCGUGGCUGUACCGUCCGUCCAAACCCUUGUACAGAGGGUUACCACCACCACCAUCCUGUUCACCACUGCUACAGUCACCUCCACCAGUUUCGGCUACUAUCAUUAAUAUGAAAUCUGACGGUUGUAAGUCUUGUACCUUAGAGGACAUGUCGUAAAUAAAGGAAAUGUGUACCUUAGAGGACAUGUCGUAAGUAAAGGAAAUGUACUAAAUAAAGGAAAUGUACUAAAUAAAGUUAAAAUUUAUCUUCAA